UAGUAGAUGAUUAGAGAUAUCGAAGAAAAUCUACAAAUUAUGGAAACUGAUGAUUGCGAAAAUGAUCUUGAAUAUAAAAUCAAAUAAAAUGCUAAAAUGUGCUUGGGUAUAUCCUUAAAAGAAGUCACUCCAUAAUUAAGAAAUUAUUAAAAUUAAAUGUUGAGGUAAAUAUAACUAGAAAGACCAUCACAAAACUUAAAAGUCGAUUUUUAAUAGGAAUAUAUUGAAACUUUAAUUUUAGAUAGAAAUGAUAGAAUCAAAUAAUUAGGAGAAAAAUUGAAAAAAAUGAAUGAGUUAUUUAAGGAAAUGAAUAGACUAGUAAUAGAACAAGGAACUUUAUUAGAUCGAAUUGAUUUCAAUAUAGAUUAAACAUUUACAAGAAUUAAAAAAGGAAAAGAUUAGUUAGUUUAAGCAAAUACAAAAUAGUAAACUAGCGACAGGGCCUAAAAAUGUAUUUGCAUUUUAGUUGGAUUAAAUAUUUUUAUAGCUUUUCUAUUUGUAAUUAAACAUACAUUAUUAUGA